UUUUAGAAUUUUUUAAAAAUUAAAACUUGGACUAGAUUUUAAUAAAAUGUCCGCUCCACGUAGUGUUGCUAGCGGUGUUGGUGCUGCUCAAGCAAGUAAAUACAAUGAAGUUGAAGGAGAACUCCUUCUUAAUUGGAUUAAGAAAGUGACAGGCGAAAAUAUUGCUAUAAACGGAACUAGGGAAAAUUUUGUGAAACAAUUGAAAGAUGGAACUUUGCUUUGCAAAUUUGCUAACAAAAUUGUGCCAAAUUCAAUCACAAAGGCACAGGCAAAACCGAACAGCACAUUCCAAUAUAUGAGCAAUUUGGAGCUGUUCUUAACGUUUAUUUCAAGCCAAGGAGUCCCUAGGGAGGAACAAUUCCGAGCAGUCGAUUUAGUUGAAUCUCGUGACCUCUACUCUGUUUGUAUGACAUUAAAUUCUCUUGGCCGCAUUUUGGAACGUCAAGGAAAAACUCAUCCAGAGCAGGUUAAGUCGUCAGAAAUUCUUAAUUUGGGUACUGGUGACCAGGUGCGCCUUCGUGUUUAA